ACUACCUAGGAAACUAACACCGUCUCACUUUACGAUUGGACAAAUGAGACAACGUGUGCUGUCCAGUUUGUAACACCCAAAAGCUAACCUUGUUAUCUAGCUAAAGUGGAGUAACUCAGCCACAUUUCGACAGUUUGGACCAUGAAUCAAGAAUGAUCAGAAAUGAGCCGUGCGUUCCCCGUUUAGUAUUUGUAUUGGAUAACUAAUUAAUUUACAUCCUGCGUUUCAAAACCAUCGGUCAAAACGAGAAGACGUCCACUGGCCGCGCAUCAAGAGCCUCUAUAUGUAUCCUCGGAUCCCUCACCCGUCCGGACGACCGUCCAGACACCAAUCGUACAACCCAUGGGGUCCGGGCUACCGACCCUACCAGAUGCCUCCAGGAACGUAUCAAAAUUUCGAUCAGGUUUCCCGCGGUAACAGCCCACACUUUGCCAGCCACCCAGCGGGCAUGAAGAGGAGUCAUAAUCAGGCUUGGCAUCCCCAACCACCGGUCUCGGACCUCCCCGGUCUCUACACAUCUGUUCCUGUUAAUGCACGGAAGAGACAACAUGAAAGCCCCGUCCCAAAUGGCUCUAAACGCCAGCGCGUCGACUCCCCUUCCCCCCAGCAGAGUGGUGGGCGGCCCAUUGCUGUCCCAUACUUUCACAACCAAGCUGUUCCCGGAACCUCAAACGCUGCCUCGCUUGGCUCAAGUCAGAAUACCCAUUCUCAAGUGCCCGCAACCUCAGGAAGUGCCAGUACACUGCAAGACUAUGCCAAGGACAAGCUAAGCAAACAAAUGGUGGAGCUGUUCGAGGAGUGCCAACAGCAGGCCUGCGACCUGACCCGGAAGGAGACGUGCCGAUCCCGUCUGCAGAGGGACAUCCAGAGUGUCUUCCCAGUGGCACGGCUCUACCUGACCGGUUCCUCCAUGAGCGGGCUGGGCUGUCGGAGCAGUGACGCCGACCUCUGUCUGGUGCUGCGGGGCUCGACGCAGGGAAGCCCUGAUCCUAUUCACAUACUCACCGUGCUACAAGCUUUUUUCAGGCCACUGGGAUAUCUAGAGAAGAUUCAGCUGAUCCGCGCCAAAGUCCCCAUCCUCCGCUUCCGAGAGAAGGGCAGUGGCUUGGAGUUUGAUCUGAAUGUCAACAACACGGUGGGAAUCAGAAACACGUUCCUCCUGAGAAGCUACGCAUACGCGGAUCUCCGGGUCAAGCCCAUCAUCCUGGCGGUGAAGAAGUGGGCGCGGCACCACCAGAUCAACGACGCCAGCAAGGGGACGCUGAGUAGCUACACGCUGGUGCUGAUGGUGCUGCACUACCUCCAGACGCUUGGUGAACCUGUUCUCCCUUCGCUUCAAAAGGACUACCCGGAGUGCUUCAAUCCAUCCAUGGAGAUCGACAUGAUCCCAGAAGGGCCCCGCCACAUCCCCCCCUACAAGUCUCAGAACAAGUCCUCUCUAGGGGACCUGCUCCAAGGCUUCCUCAAGUACUACUCCUCCACGUUCAGGUGGGAUACCCAGGUGAUCUCAGUGCGAGAGGGCAAGGCUCUGCCCAAGAACAAGAGUUUAGAGUGGAGAAACAAGUACAUCUGUGUGGAGGAACCGUUUGAAAGGAACAACGUGGCCAGGGCAGUCCACGAGCAGAUGAAGUUCAACACCAUUAAAUCCAAGUUUGCCGCGUCGAGCCAGAUCUUGGCGCAGAGCAAGGACCUGAACGCCCUCCUCCCAGUCAGGGCCACCAUCAGCAAAGAGGCAUCCAGGAAAUAAAAGGUCUUUAUUAAAGAGAUAAAUAAAGCUAAAACAAAGCUACCUCUUCCUGCCGCUCAGACAUUCACACCUUCACUGGGAUCUUGCGGACCGUCCCUGCUUGGAGACAGACGCUGCCUGCGGUUCAGUCCAUUGUGGGCAGCUAGUGGAGGUCAGUGGACGCAAGCUUGAAUCCAAGCCUCUUGGGAGAUGCUGGACAGUGAGACCAAUGUCUGAUCCCCGAUUUGGGGAUUUGAUCAUUUCCACGUGACUGGAGCCUUAAAGUACAUUUGUUCUGGACCUUGCCAUGGAGCUGCCUCGGUGGGUUACCUGGUGUGUUCGUGCCCUUCUAACGUUUCCAGUGUUUGCCCUGCUUAUGACAACACCAGGCCUAAUUGAUGGUUGUGUUGACAGUCAUCGUACUUUUAAUUUUUUCUGAGCAUUUGUUCUAAAGGUCAAUUGUUCUCUUUUCAACGUAUUUAGAAAGACUUUAAAUUGUGGUUUCUUGAGUGUUAAAUUAUUUGUUCCGACUUUAUUUUUGGAGUUGCUUUCAUCUUGCAUUAUCCCCUUCAUAUCAGUUCAAAAGGUGUUCACAUUUCUUGGCUCAUAUUGAUUACAAAUGUAAAGAGAAUGUACUUUAUGAUUUGUGGUCCUUUGAUGCCCCAACGUUGGACCGAUUGGAUGUUGUGAACUCCCAUACCGGCAGUUGAACCUGGGUUAUUUCUGAUUUACUUGGCUCCACCUGCACGUAUGUAUAUUAUGUUAUUAUUUUACAAGAAAGCACAAUUUUCAUUUACCUGGGAACAAUAUCUUUACUGUUGUAGAGGAGAGCAAGAAUUAUAUAGAUGUGUGAUUCACAAUUUGGCCAAAUUAUUUUUAUAUUUCUCUCCCUUUUCUACAGUUUGAACCAGAAAUGGUCUUACAUUUAUAAUACAGGAAUCAAUUGUU